AUGACCUCAUCGACUACUGAUAAUCAUCCAAAUACUUUUCUUGAUCAUCAAUGGAUUAGUAGUGAUCAAGCAGCGGAAUAUUUAAAAACAAUUAAAGAACGAACAGAUAAUCAACUCAGAGAUUUUUCAUUACUCUUUACUCCAACAUUUUCUCCUGGUCUAAUUGUGAAACAAUAUCGUUAUAAAAUUCUUCUUGUUGGAUGUGGCAAAACUAGUUUAAUACGUGCUUUGAUGGGUAAAGAAUUUUCAACAAUAAAUGCACAACCAACACUUGGUAUUCAAACAACAAAUAUCUAUUGGCCUGUAAGAGUAAAUCAACCUAAUAAACCAAUAUAUUUGUUUCGACUCGAUUUCUGGGAUGUUGGACAUACAAGUUCAACUAGAUUUGAUUAUAUUGAUAAAGAUUCCGUCGAUUCACUCGAUAUGAUACUUUUUAUUAUUUCAGCUGCUGAUCGUGAAAGUUUCAAUGAAUUACCUACAUUAAUUGAACAAAAACGUAGCCAAUGUAGUACAAACCGUUCAUUUGUUAGCCUGGUUUUUGUUACUAAAUUUGAUCAACUAGCUGUAUUAACAGAAAAUGAUACGAAAGAAUUUCAAGCUAAAUAUAAAAUUCCUGUAUACCUAUUCUCUAGUACAAAUUCAAAUAUCCGUUUAGCAACAUUUUAUUUGAAUUUAAUUGCUGAAAAACUUUACCAACGUGAUCUUGAAUUAACUGGUCAAGUUUUGACAUAA